AAAACCUAAGUCAAUCUCCAAAAAAUCUUUUUCCCAGAACAAUUACAAACUACCCGUACAUCGUCUUCUCUCCCGUGUUCUCCAAUUCCCAUCUAAAGAUCUGAAAAGGGCGUCCUUCGAAUUUCAGCAUCAAACUUUUUCCAGAAAAUCGAAUUCCUAUUUCACUCGCGCGCGCUCUCUUUCUCUCUCCUAGGGAAAUGGAUGGACACGGCGGGCGAGGGGGCAGCAGUGUGGAUGUGUUCUUGCAGAACUAUAACCUUGGUAAAACUCUUGGCAUUGGUUCAUUUGGCAAGGUGAAGAUUGCUGAGCAUAAAUUGACUGGCCAUAAAGUUGCCAUUAAGAUAUUGAACCGCCGGAAGAUUAAGAAUAUGGAAAUGGAAGAGAAAGUGAGAAGAGAAAUCAAAAUCUUGAGAUUAUUCAUGCAUCCCCAUAUCAUUAGACUUUAUGAAGUUAUUGAAACUCCGUCGGACAUAUAUGUUGUGAUGGAGUAUGUCAAGUCAGGAGAACUAUUUGACUACAUUGUAGAAAAGGGUAGGUUACAAGAGGAUGAAGCGCGUAAUUUUUUCCAACAGAUAAUAUCAGGAGUAGAGUAUUGUCACAGGAAUAUGGUUGUUCAUAGAGACUUGAAGCCUGAAAAUCUUCUAUUAGAUUCGCAUCACAAUGUGAAGAUAGCGGAUUUUGGUUUGAGCAACAUAAUGCGAGAUGGUCAUUUCCUCAAGACCAGUUGUGGAAGCCCUAAUUAUGCAGCCCCAGAGGUAAUUUCUGGGAAACUCUAUGCUGGUCCUGAGGUUGAUGUUUGGAGUUGUGGCGUUAUCUUAUAUGCUCUUCUUUGUGGUACCCUCCCUUUUGAUGAUGAAAACAUCCCCAACCUUUUCAAGAAAAUAAAGGGUGGAAUAUAUACCCUUCCAAGUCAUUUAUCGCCUGGGGCUAGAGAUCUGAUCCCGAGGAUGCUAGUAGUUGAUCCUAUGAAGAGGAUUACGAUCCCGGAGAUCCGCCAGCAUACCUGGUUCCAAGCUCAUCUUCCUCGUUAUUUAGCUGUGCCACCACCAGAUACAAUGCAGCAAGCAAAGAAGAUUGAUGAGGAGAUACUCCAAGAAGUUGUUAGGAUGGGAUUUGACAGGAACCAGUUAAUUGAAUCACUCCGCAAUAGACUCCAAAAUGAGGGGACUGUUGCAUACUAUUUGCUUUUUGAUAAUCGCUUCCGAGCUUCAAGUGGCUAUCUUGGGGCUGAGUUUCAAGAAACAAUGGAGAACAAUUUUGGCCGUUCGAAUCCAAAUGAAGUUGCUUCCCCAGUUUCUGGGCACCAAUAUCAUGGUUAUGCGGAUUACCAGGGAAUUGGCUUACGACCGCAGUUCCCUGUUGAGAGGAAAUGGGCUCUGGGAUUACAGUCUCGAGCCCAUCCUCGUGAGAUUAUGACUGAAGUUUUGAAAGCCCUGCAAGAGUUGAAUGUCUGCUGGAAAAAGAUUGGGCAUUAUAACAUGAAGUGCAGAUGGAUUCCUGGCAUCCCUGGUCAUCAUGAAGGGAUGGUUGAUAAUCCUGUACAUAAUUAUUUUGGUGAAGAGUCAAACAUAGUUGAAAAUGAUGGAGUGUUGAGGUCUCCCAAUGUCGUGAAGUUCGAGGUGCAGCUUUACAAGACCCGAGAGGAGAAGUAUCUGCUUGAUCUACAAAGGGUUCAGGGACCGCAGAUGUUAUUCCUCGAUCUUUGUGCAGCUUUCCUCGCUCAACUCCGUGUGCUCUAGUUUAGCAGUAACAAGCUAUUAUCAUCAAAAUUGUCAUAGCAUUCAUAUGAUUUGUAUAUAUGAUCUAUGGUUAUGUCUGUAUGUGCAUUAUUAUCCUUUGAUAGAGCGAGUUUUAUUGCUGACCUAGGGUGCGUGCGUGCUUACUACCAGGUGGAGUGUUGAUUAAAUCAUGAUAUUCGAGGAGUAUUGUGGUCUCUCCCAUCUCAUGGUCCGGCUAUGUUUGAACUUUACCAAAGCCGCCAUCUCUUGUAUGCAAAUUAGAGAAAGGAAAGGCAAUAUUCGCCUUUAAUAUUUUUAUUUUCAAAGUAUUUUGGAUCUUUAAAUGUACGUGGUCGACGACCAUACCAUUAGCCAGGAUUAAAUAUCAAGUUUGGUCUGUUGACAA